AUGAACAGCGGUUCUCGUCUUGGAUUCGCCUUUGCUGCAAUUCCAGGACCGACAAUCAUUGAUCCUCAGGAUCUGAGCUUGGUCAAGAUGGUGCUAUCCACAGCCCUGACCGUAGAAGCGGGAGGCUCAAGUCAGCUUGGCAGGUCCCUAUUCCUCGAUGUGAGGAAGUCAUCACAUGACAAGCUAUGGGAAUCGGCGAGCAUUAAGUCGACUAUGCUCUACAUUUUUCUCGCGGUUUACAGCUUCAUGACUGGCGACGAUUUGCAAGCCUGGAGACUUGUCGGCAUUGUUGCCCGAUGGUGUUUAGAAAUGGGUCUCCAUCAAUCAGCAACCAUCAGCAAAACUUUCAAGGAUGCUGGAAAACGUAAGAUGGCCAUGCGGCUAUUCUGGUGUGUCUACACGUUGGACAGAAGGUGGGGCUUUGGCGCAGGAUUACCCUUCGUGAUGCAUAACUUCGAUGUUGACCAGCAAUUGCCGGAACCCGACCAAAAUGUGCCGUAUCUCAGAGCCAUGGUUGAGUACAGCCGAAUUGGCGACAAGGUUUGGGCGACAUCGUACAACUCGGCAAGAGCAACGGGCGCCAUCCGAGACGACGAAAUCUCCUACCUGCUGUACCGCAUAGAUCAGUGGUAUGAAGACCUCCCGGAAGAUUUGAGGCUUUCCUCAAAUGAGCAGACGGUGAGUCCCAAUACGAACUCUACAACGUCUAGAGGUCUUCAACGGCUGCAGGUUCUGCUUCACCUGCGAGCCAACCAGAUGAAGAUCCUUCUGCUUCAACCAUUCCUCCACUCCACAUCCAGUCUCAAGUCCAACAAGUCCAAGGUCCAGUCACUCGUCAUCCUGGCCAAGGACACCAUCCAGAUGCUUGACUCUCUCAACAAAUCAACAGAUAUCUACCAGAAUCAACAAAUGUGUUUCAACCACUUCCUCGUCUCAGCUCUGGGAGUCAUCUUCCUAGUUGUAACCCUGUCUCCAAUGGAACACGGUGCUUCAGUCCGUGAUGAGUUUCAUACCGCAUUGGACUUGAUCAGGGGUCUAAGUGCCCGAUCGUAUGUCUCGAGCCGGCUGUGGAGGAGAAUAAGCGACCUACGGCUCGCUUGGCGAAAGCUCGGAUUGAACGCCCCUCAGUCGAGGGAAGCCAGAGGGCCUAGUACGCAGCAAGGCCACGCGCUAGUCACACCACCUACCUCAUCAGGAGGUAUGGACAUGCCACCUGGAAGCGUGCCGACAGCUGUCGAUGAUGGUCUGCGCGGCCCAGAGCUUGGCACAUGGCCAGCAGGCUCGGUUGAGCCUUUCACCGAGGCCCAGAUGGCGCAGGAGCUGAACGGCUUUUUCAACUCGAUAGAUGGCGGGGGAGAUUUUGGGAUUCCUUUACCUGUUCUGGGUACUGACGGUGACGGCCUUGAUCCAGAGCGAGGUCCUGAGGAUUCGUUCCUCGUGGAUGAUAUGAACGCCUCCAUGGAUGUGUCUCAUUUAUUUGUAGAUAUGCUAUGA